AUGUUGGCGAUGCGUCUGCGUUCCGUGUCUGGGGAUCUCAAGCUUUCAUCCGCGACUUGUCUGCGGACAAGCUGUCCUCCCGUGCUGUUCCCUGCGUCUUCCUUGGCUUCCUCCCUGGCGCUCUUGGUUGGCUUCCUCCCUGGCGCUCUUGGUUGGCAGUUUUACCACCCCACCUCGCGCCGUGUUCUGUCCUCUCAGGACGUCACGUUUGACGAGUCGGUUCCUUACUACCAUCUCUUCCGCUACCGCACUGCCCCCCUCCCCCCCCUGCCGCUCUUCCUCGAGCCAGGUCCUCCCCAAGUAGAACCCCUCCAUCCUCAGGUUCUUGCUCCCUCAGGUGUGUCCCAGGUAGACGUCGUCGAGCCUGUCGAGGUAGCUGUUGAUUCUGGUGGUACUAGGGGUGCUGAGCCUGCGGGUGCCGGGUCUAGGGGUGCUGAGCCAGGGGAUGCAGAGCCCGGGGGUGCUGAGUUUGGGGGUGCUGAGCCUGGGGUUGCUGUGCCUGGGGUUGCUGAGUCUGGGGGUGCGGAGUCUAAGGGUGCUGAGCCUGCGCGUAUGGAGUCUGGAGGUGCUGAGCCUAGAGGUCCUUCGGGUGCUUCGUCCCGGCGGGAGCCCCUCUCUCCCCAGCAACUGCGUGAGUGGUUUGCUCGGCGCUGGAGCCGUGCUGCUGGAGCUGGUGGUGCUACGGGCGCUGGAGGUCCUGUUGCUGCUGGAGCUGCUGGGGAAUCUGGAGCCACUGGUCCCGGAGGUGCUCGUACUGGAGGUACUGGAGCUGCUGGGCCUGGUGGUGCCACUCGAGCUGGAGCUCUUGGAGGUGCUGGCUCUGGCUGUGCUGCUGGAGCAGGUGCUGCUGGAGGUGAUGGGGCUGGCGCUGAUGGAGCUGCUGGAGGUGCUGGUGGCCCUGGUGGUGCUGCUGGAGCUGCAGGUGGUGCUGCUGGAGCUGGUGGUGGUGCUGGAGCUGCUGGAGGUGCUGCUGGAGCUGGUGGUGGUGUUGCUGGAGUUCGAGCUGGCGCUGGGGGUGCUGGUGCUGUCCCUGCUGGUUCAGGGGCGUGUCCCUCUGCCGUCUCCUCCUGA